CUGCUGCAAACAUGGUCGACGCUUUCGUGGGCACGUGGAACCUGAAGGAGAGCGAGAACUUUGACGACUACAUGAAAGAGCUGGGUGUGGGCUUUGCGACACGCAAGGUAGGCAACCUGACUAAGCCCACCACGAUUAUCUGUGUGGACGGCGACAAGGUGACGGUGAAGACCCAGAGCACUAUCAAAAACACGGAGCUUUCCUUCAAGCUGGGAGAAGAGUUUGAUGAGACCACUGCUGAUGACAGGAAGGUCAAGUCCUUAGUAACAAUAGAGGAAGGGAAGUUGGUUCACGUACAAAAGUGGGACGGCAAAGAGACCACUUUGGUCAGGGAAGUUGACGGAAACAAACUCACACUGACACUUACAAUCGGAGGUGUGGUUUCCAAACGUCACUACGAGAAAGCGUAGAGCCCACCAUGGAGCUUGCAUCAGCUACAAACCCCAAAAAGCCCAAGAAAACGCCAUGUAUGGCUGUCCGUUCCCAUUUUACUGUACUUUCAGUAUUAUUGUUACUGCUGACCGUGACCUUGCCUGUUUCUCAUCCCUUUGCUUGUUUUUUUUGUUGUUCAUCCCUAUACUAAAGAAAACACUGAAUAAAUUCCAAUGAUUUGUUGUUGUUUCCAAUAAAACUUGCUGAUUAGUUUUUUUAUAUAUAUUUUAAAACUGUAUUUUGCAUGGUGCCUAAAAAAAAAAA